AUGGGGUCGUUCAUGGUGCGGCACUCACGAAAAGCAUGGGGCGGGUUCACUGACAGCAUGCUUCUUCUUUGCUUGUUCUCGGUCAGUUUGGCAAUUGCCCGUCCAUCUUACAGUCGAGUAGAGGAAACCACUGUAGAACCAGAAGAACCUCCAACCAAAUACCAAAUCUCUCAGCCAGACGUUUUAACGAUUACUCCCGGCAAGCCUCUUGAUCUGCGCUGUCCGUACAACGAUGCUUCCCUGGUGACUUGGACUAAGGAUGGGGUGAAAUUAGAAUCCAGCAAUAGGACGGUGAUUGUCAUGAACUACUUGCUGAUAAACGAGACUCUCCUCAGGGAUUCAGGGCUGUAUGCCUGCUUAGCUCAUAAAGGCGCCCAGAGCAAUACUCAUUUCUUCCUUGUGAAUGUCACAGAGGCGAGUUCUUCUGGAGAUGAUGAAGAUGACAGUGACAAUGAUGUCUCUGAAAAUGUUAUCAAUGAUAACAACAAUAUAAGAGCUCCUUACUGGACAAACCCAGAGAAGAUGGAGAAGAGACUUCACGCUGUCCCAGCUGCUAAUACAGUAAAAUUACGUUGUCCAGCUGGUGGAAACCCCACCCCUACCAUGAGGUGGUUGAAGAACAACAAGGAGUUCAAGCAAGAGCAUCGGAUUGGCGGGUAUAAGGUCCGUAACCAACACUGGAGUCUGAUCAUGGAAAGCGUUGUCCCAUCUGAUAAAGGCAUAUAUACUUGCAUUGUGGAAAAUGAACAUGGGUCAAUCAACCACACUUACAGUCUCGAUGUCAUAGAGCGCUCCUCUCACAGACCCAUACUGCAAGCUGGGCUCCCUGCGAAUACCACUGCGUAUGUUGGAGGUGAUGCUGAAUUUGUAUGCAAGGUGUAUAGUGACGCACAACCCCACAUUCGCUGGGUGCGAUAUGUAGAGAAGAAUGGGAGCCGAUACGGGGUGGAUGGGAUCCCAUACAUGAAGGUUUUGAAGGCUGCCGGUGUUAACAUUACAGAUGAAGAGAUAGAAGUCUUAUAUGUCAAAAAUGUUUCUUUUGAGGAUGCUGGGGAAUAUACUUGUAUAGCUGGAAAUUCCAUUGGGAUUUCUCAACAUUCUGCCUGGUUGACGGUUCUGCCAGGUACAGAAACACCUAUGGAGGAUACCUCACUACCUUACUACAUGGAAAUAGCUAUAUAUGUUGGUGGAGGCUUCCUUAUUUUCUGUUUUAUUGGAAUUUGCAUCAUAUUCCAACUUCGUCAGGGGGCUAAAAAGAAGAAAUCGUUAAUAGGACCGCCCGUCGUCCAUAAACUCAGCAAACGAAUACCACUCCACCGCCAGGUAACAGUGUCAGCGGAUUCCAGUUCCUCUAUGAACUCCACAACACCUUUGGUGAGGAUUACAACACGUCUGCUGUCCAGCGCUGAUACAGUCCUGCUGCCCAAUGUAUCAGAGUACGAACUUCCUCAUGACCCCAAGUGGGAAUUCCCAAGAGACAAGCUGACACUGGGAAAACCUCUGGGCGAGGGUUGUUUUGGCCAAGUUGUCAUGGCAGAGGCUGUAGGGAUUGAUAAAGACCGGCCUAAGGAGUCAGUAACUGUUGCUGUAAAGAUGCUAAAAGAUGAUGCUACUGAGAAAGACCUAGCUGAUUUGGUCUCGGAGAUGGAGAUGAUGAAGAUGAUUGGAAAGCAUAAGAAUAUUAUCAAUCUGCUGGGUGCAUGCACACAAGGAGGUACCUUAUAUGUAAUUGUAGAGUAUGCUGCUAAAGGGAACCUACGCGAGUACCUGAGGGCCCGGCGCCCUGUUGAGAUGGAGUACUCCUAUGACAUUAACAGGGUGCCUGGAGAACAAAUGACUUUUAAAGACUUGGUGUCAUGCACUUACCAGCUGGCCAGGGGCAUGGAGUACUUGGCAUCCCAGAAGUGUAUACAUCGGGACCUUGCAGCCAGGAACGUGCUGGUCACAGAGAGCAAUGUUAUGAAAAUUGCAGACUUUGGCCUGGCACGAGAUGUCAACAAUAUUGAUUAUUAUAAGAAAACAACAAAUGGUCGGCUUCCUGUAAAGUGGAUGGCUCCAGAAGCACUAUUUGACCGGGUAUACACUCAUCAGAGCGAUGUCUGGUCAUUCGGUGUAUUAAUGUGGGAGAUUUUUACUCUGGGAGGCUCACCAUACCCUGGCAUUCCUGUUGAGGAACUUUUCAAGCUGCUGAAAGAGGGUCAUCGGAUGGAUAAGCCAGCCAACUGCACCAAUGAACUGUAUAUGAUGAUGAGAGACUGUUGGCAUGCCAUUCCCUCACACAGGCCGACCUUCAAACAGCUGGUGGAGGACUUGGACCGCAUCCUCACACUAACCACCAACGAGGAAUACCUUGACCUCAGCAUCCCUCUGGAGCAGUAUUCUCCAAGCUUCCCAGACUCUUCAUGCUCUGCAUCAUCCUCUGGAGAUGAUUCUGUGUUCUCCCCUGACCCCAUGCCACAUGAACCCUGCCUCCCCAAAUUCCAGCACGUAAAUGGGGUAAAAACAUGA